AUGAGGCAAUCGAGAAGGUUUUGCAGGAGCUCGGCUUGGUUUCACUCAAAUGGUGAUUUAGAAGAGUUGAAUGGAAUCAAACGACAUUCAACAUUUUUAAAAGUUCUAGAAAACUUCUAUUUGGUGGAAGAAUGUGCUGAAGUGAUCUUCUUUGGUUGUUCAAAUAUUUUAAGAACAAAACAAAACGUCCGAAAGAAAAACUUUCUUUUAGAAGAUCAAAUUACCGAGUACUUCAACAAACAACAAUUAUUGACACUUCAACUGAUAUUCUACAUCUCGUCUCUAGAUCCAUUUCAGAAGCGUCGUCGUAAAUAUCCAUCGGCCGAUCGACUUAGUUCUAUUCGAGAGGGCACUUCGAGAUCGCCGCUUUGUGUGUGUGUUGAUUGCUUUUAUUUACAAGACAAAAUCAGCUCAAAGCACACUGAAUACUAA